UGGCCAUAAAAACUGCAGUCUAAAAAUAACUUGAGCUCUAUAUGUGGGAUAAACUCUGUUACCCUCCACCCUCUCCUGCCGUUACUAAACUAUCUUCGACUUUGAGACGUCUAACUGAACAAGGAGGAAGAAGUGCUUCCUGGAACGAGGGCUCUUAUGGGACCAUUGCAAUAUAUAAUAGUGGAGACGUAAGGAAGCGUAAUCACAUGACGAUUUCACUAGGGGUGACUAUUCUCAGUUAAUGGCUACCCCUCCCCCCUUAAUAGACAGGCCGCACAAACAUAUAUACAUACAUAUACUUUUUGAUAAGGCUGGUCUGAAUAUGACAACCUUAGGGCUGGUGUGGACCUGCGAUAAAAUGUAACUAACCUAAUAUUUAUAAAACAAAAGAAAAUCUUAGAAAUAUAAAGAAAAUAAUUUCUUUUCAAAGGUGACAUCUUACGACUUUACAAUUAACAACGUGGACAUUACGGUGUUCGAUACUCCAGGUUUGGCAGAAGGACCACGCAAAGACGAAGCGCAUCUGCAAGAAAUCAAGGAGAAAGUUACUGCCUUUGAUGUGUUUAUUUUCUGCACCGAAAUGGACACUGAACGUUUUCGCAACGACGACAUCAACACGAUCCAGAAACUGACAGAAGCUUUCGGUUCGCGCCUCUGGGAGCACGCCGUUGUCGCUCUGACGUUUGCCAACAGAGUUCAUCCCCCAUUCAGCAAAAAAGACAUGAAUGAACAAGAUUUCUUUGACAAACGCUAUCGAAUGUUCAAGAAGAAGAUUCAAAACGUCGUUAAAGAAGUCGGGGUACCGGACGAAGUGCUCUCUUUUGUGCCAUUUGUAGCUACUGGAGACUUGAGUGAGCCAAGACUAGCAGGUAUCCACAACUGGUUGUAUGCUUUUUGGAUUACAACGUUCAAACGUUUAAACAGCAGAGCGAGACCCGCGUUUCUUAUUGCAAACAUUACUCGCUUUAACUGCAUUUCAUCGUCAGAUCAAGAAGUAUCCAGAAAUCUUUUGUCAAGAAGAAGCCUGCCAUCAGGUGAGCAACGGGGAAGAAAUCAACUUCAAAGGCAAGAACAACGAAGAAGUUUCCAGGGAUUCGAACUCUACCAUCGUGAUCGUGGCAAUGCCGAUGAUAAUAUCGAGAGUGAAGGUGACCGCCGACCAGUUACUAGAAGCAUUUCCAUGGCAGAGACGAGUGCACCUCCAAACAGAGAGCCAGAACCAAAUACGCCGGGGAAUAGGCAAGUUGCCCCUACUCUUGACCUGGACGAGCCAUCUGCUAAUGAGCUUUUAAUAAUGAUUCUAAAUGAGGUAUGUCCAGCAGCUGUUAGAAUGAUCGUCGAGCGUUCUUUCCCUGGAACUGGUCAAAUAGCUUCAAUUCUAGUUAACUGGGUGAUCCGUUUUAUUAAAAAAUGGCUUCGGAAUAUUUGCGUAAAUGAAAGUGGCUCUGCAGAGGAACAGCAAGAGGCUGAGGUGGAAAACGACUGAAUAGCACGAGAAGCGUUGACAAGAAACUCUUUUUCACAUAGGCAAGGUGAUAACUGAUCGAUUAGAAGCACUGUGUCUUAAGUCAACAGUUUUUUAAUGUUGUAAUGAUACAUAGUAGAGACAAAGAAUUUAAAACUUUUCGGUUGAAUCUCGUGCAGAGUGCACGGCUUUAUGAGUAGACACAAUUUCCAUUUAUUUAGUUUAUUUUAGGUCCUCGUCAAAGGAUAACAUUUCAAUUCACAAUAGGACUUUGUGAAGGACAUUAUUUUAAUGCCUUAGUUUCCCCAACUCAGUUAAACAGUUAAAACUUUAUAUAACGACCAUAUAUUAAGAGACCUGCACCUCCUAUCAAGUGUCCAGUUUGCAUAUUUCCGAAUUUCCGCCCUUACGCUGUAUUUGCCACUUGUAUAAAAGCUGUCACCUCUUUUAGGCAUUGGCGGCCACCCAUUAGCAGUCCCGCUUGCACAGCUUUGUUACCUUUACCUGAAAUCAGCGAUCACACUUGAACGAAAACCUAACACCACAUAUCAUUUUACGAUUUUAUCGGCUUGAAAAGUUCUUUUGUCAUUUAAUUACCUUAUUCUUCAAGCAAAACGUUUAGGCGCCAAGAGGUCGAAUGGCCAUGAACGCUAUCUUUAAUAUUUGGCGUUCAAAAUCACGGAUCAGUGUAGAAGGUCUGUGUGUUUUUACCCAUUAUUUCAUUGAGAAUUGCUACACGAACGUUUGUUUUCUAAAUACGUACGUUGAUUGUGCAAGCUAUAAAGUUAUUGCCGUGCAAGAAUUCACUGAACCACGCACGAUAUUGAGAUCUCCCAUUUACGAGUUCGAGUGUUCUUACAUCCACAUACAGUUACAAAAGUAAAAUCUUCGUUUGUUAAA